AUGGGUGAAUCCUCUCACCCUCUGGAAUAUACUGACAACGUAGCAUGCCAGCAGAUAACCGUCGUGCGCAAGGCGAAGAGGCUUAAGGAUUUUAGAACAAGGCAAGAAGACCUCAGGUCUCCCGUCUCUCAUUCUCAGAUAUUCCGGCAUCUCCCCUCCCUGAAGGCCGACUGUCGACACCUGUUGACAACGCGGAACAUUGCAAGCUGCACGAAGAUUCGGCAAGACCCCGGCUUUAUCUCCGCCCAGGAGCUCAACAACUACGUGCGUAGACAGAACCAGCAGCCGCCCUGCGCCCACUAUGUCAGGACACCCGGCAACACUGAGGGCAAUGGUGCAAGCCGUGUCCGUUUGCCCGCUAUGAAGGGCUUCAUCUCCACGUUCGAAUACGACGUGGCCUUCGCCGAACUGCUCCUCAACGACAUUUACCGGUUCCAAGAUCCCCAGAUGGAACAGUUCAGGAUGGCGAUCGGUAGAGUCAAGUUUGCCCUGCUCAUGAUGAAGGACGAGUGGAGAAGAUUUCUCGAAUCCGACCACGUCGAGUCCGAGUCUGAGCCGCAGUCACGACUCGACGCUCCGUUCUCCCGCAGGGAGGCUGCGACCAAUGGAGGGUCUUCAGGCCACGAGGGAGAUGUCAAUACCGAGUCUCGAGACAGCGGCGCCGAGCCAGCUGGCGUAGUCACCGGGUACCCCUCCGAAAAUGGCACAGCAUGA